AUGUCUUCAAACGACGAUGCAGCUGUACCUCGCUCACCGACGCCUUCGCCUCCUCCUUCGGACGAUACAGCCAUUGUCCCAGACAAUAGUUAUCAUACAUCAGAAGAAGUAGCUGAUGCCGUUGGAAUCACCAUUGCCACUGCUCUCCAAAUAGAGGCAGAAAUCUAUAAAACAAAUGAUCAAAUCAUGGCAGCACGCAUAGAACGUGGAGAAGAUCCAGAUGCCAUUUACGCCUAG